GUGGUUAACCCCUACUACGUGAACAUGGGUUCUGCUCGCGCCCCGGCAACCAGCGCUAACGACAGUGAACAGCAGAGCUUGUCCAGCGUCUCCGACGGCGACACACUCUCACUGACCGACAGCAGUGUGGAUGGUGUUCCACCCUACCGGUAUCGUAAACAGCAUCGUAGAGAGAUGCAUGAAAGUGCCAAAGCCAACGGACGUGUGCCCCAACCUCAUAUACCUCGUACGUACCGUGUACCAAAGGAUGUCCAUGUUGAGCCGGAGAGGUUUGCUGUUGACCUCAUCAGUCGACUGGAGGCAGUUCUGAGGGAGAGAGAAGCACAGGAGAGACUGGAGGAGAGACUGAUGAGGGUCAGACUGGAGGAGGAGGGUGACGACGCCGACGUCUCCAUGGUAAACUCCCUCCCCCCCUACGGCAACAAGCCCCUCCCCCCCUCCACCUCGUCCCUCUUCCCCCACUACGGGUCCCGUUAUUCAGAGACCUCGUACAACGGUGUUCUGGCGCUACAGGACGCACACGAGGAGAACCCGGAGGCCAUCUUGGACGAACACGUGCAGAGAGUGAUGGAGACGCCGGGGUGUCAGUCACCAGGCACCGGGAGACACUCGCCCAAGUCCCGCUCCCCCGACGGAGGGGUGUACCCUCCACCUCACUCUGGGAGAACCCAGUGGCCUCCAGGGGUGAAAGGUCACAAGCCAGGAGCCAAGGGAGGGGACCCAAUGGGGAUGGGAGCAGGUGUGUACCACCACAAGCAUGGCUACCACUACCCCCCAGUGGGCACCAAGCCCAAAGAGCCCCAGAUGGAUGAGGUGGUGCUGGGUGGUGGAGGAGGAGGAGGCUCCAGGACCCAGGGGAGCGGCCUGUGGAACGGGGAGGCCCACCACUACUCUACCGGGAAGGGACGCAACUACGCAGAUGGGGCUGGGACCAUGGAUGCAGUGGGCUAUAGCAGUAAGGGCAGCACCCUAUCGAAGCGUGGCUCUAAGAAGGGGGCGGAGCCGACAGGUAAAGGUGAUGAGGGGCGUGUCCAGGAGGCCCAGGUACCGCUGGAGGACCUGGAGAGAAAUCACAAGAUACUGCAGUGGAUGAUGGAGGGGGAGGCACUACGACACAAAAAGAACACACACGGGAGUACCACAGGCUCCAGGAAGACCCAGGGGAGUGUGGAGCUGUUGAGACCCAGCUCUGUGGAGCGUCCUGGGGCAGUGCACCCCUGGGUGAGCGCCCAGCUGCGGAACAACGUGCAGCCCUCCCACCCCUUCAUCCAGGACCCCACCAUGCCCCCCAAUCCCGCACCCAACCCCCUCACUCAGCUAGAGGAGGCCCGGAGGAGACUGGAGGAGGAGAGGAGGAGAACCGCCCUGCUGCAGGCUAAACAGAGACAGAAGUCUCUAAGCAGUAAGAAGCAGGGGUCACAGUGUGAGAACGUAACUGUGGCGUACUACUUCUGUGGCGAGCCAAUCCCCUACCGCACCACGGCCAAAGGUCGCGUGGUGACCCUGGGACAGUUCAAGGAGCUACUCACCAAGAAGGGCUUCUACAGGUUCUACUUUAAGAAGGUGAGUGAUGAAUUUGACUGUGGCGUGGUGUUUGAAGAAGUCAAAGAGGACGACGCCGUCCUGCCCAUCUACGAGGAGAAGAUCAUCGGGAAGGUAGAGAAGGUGGACUGAAACAGGAAAUGGAGCCGGGAGGAAGUAGGAGGUGGAGGAAGGAACAAUGACGCAUAGAAAAGACUGAAAGGGAUCGGAUGAAGAGGAGGUGGAGAGAGUGCUUCUAGAAGAGGA